AUGAAACUGUCUUCAACGAACACAUUGCUCAUCUCUACUGUAACGGUGGUUCUUAAUUCACUUGGGACUGUGGCAGUGGACCCUCAGGGCUGGUAUGCUGCAAACCCAGGUCUGAGCAAGAUCGGACUUGUUGAUCAAAGCAUUAAUCAAAUCACGGAUGUAUACGGACGCAUUCGAUUCUUUCAUGGCACAAACGUGGUGAUGAAAUCUGCUCCUUGGUACAGAAGUAGUAAUUUUGACCCUCCCAAUUCGUUUGGUCUACAAGACGUACAGAAUCUUCAAGCCUUGGGAGUCAAUGUCGUUCGUUUGGGUCACCAUUGGGCCGGUGCCGAGCCUGUCCGCGGACAAUACAAUCAAACAUUCUUGGACAUUAUGAAGAGCCAGACGCAACUAGCGGAAGCCCAUGGAAUCUAUAUUUUGGUUGAUGUGCAUCAGGAUGUGCUUGCUGGUCAAUUCUGCGGACAUGGAGUACCCAAUUGGUUCGUUCAGUCCAAUUGGGUACCUUCCUACAAAAAAUUUCCUGUGCCCCAAAAGAUCAUUCCGUUUGCUACCGAUAGCAAUGGCAUGCCUAGUGCUUCUGAUUGUGGAUCGCUCGAUUGGAGUGUCAGCUACCUAACAGCAGCGGUUUGUAAUGCUUUUGGGCGUCUUUACAACAAUUACGACAACUUGGGAGAUUCCUUUGCAUCUUAUUGGAAGAAACUGGCUCAGCAAUAUGUUACUACCAACAACAUUCUAGGCUACAAUUUAUUGAACGAGCCUUGGGUUGGCGACUCCUACGCUAAUCCAUCUCUGUUGGUACCGGGAGUGGCUGACCAUGUUAAUUUGGAAGGGCUCUGGAACAAAGCCGCUACGCAAAUCCGUACAGUCGACAACAAUACUCUGAUAUUUUUUGAGGGUACCACUUAUGACAUCCUCUCUGGAUUCAACAAUGUGCCUCUAGGAGAUGGUUCUCGUUCUGUCCAAUCCUAUCAUUAUUAUAAACCUCCACAAGUAGGCACAAUUGAAGAUACAUUUAAAAACCGAAUACAAGAUAACCAAAGGCUUAAAACCGCAAGCGUAUUAACCGAGCAUACCAUGUGGAUGGGGGAUUCCACGCAAAUGACUAACAUUCAGUUUGCUGUCGACAAAGCUGAUCAAUACAUGAUGUCGUGGAUGGGUUGGGCUUACGAAAACCUAUACAAUAGUACACAGCAACCAUACCCUGAACUUGCUGCCUUUUAUAGUCGUGCAUAUCCAUCUGCUAUCGCUGGUACGCCAACAAGUUUUCACUUCAAUAGCACUGACAAAUCUUUUGCCCUUGUCUACAAAGUCAAAAAGGCGAUUACCGCUCCUACGGAGAUCGUGUUGCCUACAUAUACGUAUCCUCAAGGCUACAAUGUGGCAGUAACACCGGCUAAUUCUUUAGUUCAAUUUGUCAAGGAUUCAGGAACUUUAUCCUUAUUCACUGCAGACACCACGGCUGAUGGUCAAACUGUCAGUGUUACCAUCACCAAGCAAUAA